GCUGUCCCCAACACGUUCUCCCUGAUCUUCUCCUGUACCUGCGGGGUGAUCCUGGGCAUCGGUUUCUGUGCCAACCUGCUGGUGUUCUCUCUCUCUAGUACAACACCCUGAGGAAGAACCGGCUGGAUAUCCUGCUGCUCAGCAUGGCAGACUUCCUCAGCCUGCUGCGCAUCCCCUUCACACUGCACUCAGGUAGGUUAUUGAUUUAUCCCUUAUUUUACCAGGUUAGUUGACUGAGAAGACAUUCUCAUUUACAGCAACGACCUGGGGAAUAGUUAAAGGGGAGAGGGGAUGAAUGAGCGAAUUGGAAGCAGUGGAUGAUUAGGUGGCCAUGAUGGUACGAGGGCCAGAUUGGGAAUUUAGUCAGGACACCGGGAUUAACACCCCUACUCUUACGAUAAGUGCCACGGGAUCUUUAGUGACCACAGAGAGUCAGGAUACCCAUUUAACCUCCCAUCCGAAAGACAGCACCCUACACAGGGCAAUGCCCCAAUCACUGCCCUGGGAUAUAUAUUUUUUUAGACGAGAGGAAAGAGUGCCUCCUACUGGCCCUCCAUCACCACUUCCAGCAGCAUCUGGUCUCCCAUCCAGGACCAACCCUGCUUACCUUCAGAGGCAAGCUAGCAGUGGGAUGCAAGGUGGUAUGCUUCUGGCUGUUAGAGGUCAGAGAGCAUGGCUCUGGCAGACUUCCUCACCUUGCUGCUCAUCCCCUUUACCCUACACUCUGCAGUCGGGUAGGUUGCCGGUUCGAAUCCCAGGUCUGACUGGAAAAUUCUGGUGGGCCAGCAACCUGAGAGUUGAAUCCAGGAAGAAGAAAAAAAACACACUUAGAAAACUGUUGAGAUGGGGAUGUGAGCCAGUUACUAUACUGGAGGGUUGAGACGGGGAUGUGAGCCAGUUACUAUACUGGAGGGUUGAGAUGGGGAUGUGAGCUAGUUACUAUACUGGAGGGUUGAGAUGGGGAUGUGAGCCAGUUACUAUACUGGAGGGUUGAGAUGGGGAUGUGAGCCAGUUACUAUACUGGAGGGUUGAGAUGGGGAUGUGAGCCAGUUACUAUACUGGAGGGUUGAGAUGGGGAUGUGAGCCAGUUACUAUACUGGAGGGUUGAGACGGGGAUGUGAGCUAGUUACUAUACUGGAGGGUUGAGACGGGGAUGUGAGCUAGUUACUAUACUGGAGGGUUGAGAUGGGGAUGUGAGCUAGUUACUAUACUGGAGGGUUGAGAUGGGGAUGUGAGCCAGUUACUAUACUGGAGGGUUGAGAUGGGGAUGUGAGCCAGUUACUAUACUGGAGGGUUGAGAUGGGGAUGUGAGCUAGUUACUAUACUGGAGGGUUGAGAUGGGGAUGUGAGCCAGUUACUAUACUGGAGGGUUGAGAUGGGGAUGUGAGCUAGUUACUAUACUGGGGGGAUGUGAGCUAGUUACUAUACUGGAGGGUUGAGACGGGGAUGUGAGCUAGUUACUAUACUGGAGGGUUGAGAUGGGGAUGUGAGCUAGUUACUAUACUGGAGGGAUGUGAGCUAGUUACUAUACUGGAGGGUUGAGACGGGGAUGUGAGCUAGUUACUAUACUGGAGGGUUGAGAUGGGGAUGUGAGCUAGUUACUAUACUGGAGGGUUGAGAUGGGGAUGUGAGCUAGUUACUAUACUGGAGGGUUGAGAUGGGGAUGUGAGCUAGUUACUAUACUGGAGGGUUGCUGGAUUUCAAAAACAUAAAAGCUGAGGACUUCCAUUCCCCUGUGACAAUGAAUGAACAGUUCUUCUUCUUAUACUCGUGGCCGCUGGGGGACACCACCUGCAAGGUUGACCAGUUCUUCCUGUCGGCGGGCACCUGAAGCCUGUGUGCCGUGUCUAUGACUCGGGCCGUGAACAUCAUCAACCCCUACUACCCUCCCACCAUGGCCCUGGUGGUCCUGGUGUUACCAGUCUGCCUCUCAGGAUAGCCUGGGGCCUGGCCUGGCUGAUUUUACUACCAGUCUGCCUCUCAGGAUAGCCUGGGGCCUGGCCUGGCUGAUUUUACUACCAGUCUGCCUCUCAGGAUAGCCUGGGGCCUGGCCUGGCUGAUUUUACUACCAGUCUGCCUCUCAGGAUAGCCUGGGGCCUGGCCUGGCUGAUUUUACUAUCUGUCUGCCUCUCAGGAUAGCCUGGGGCCUGGCCUGGCUGAUUUUACUAUCUGUCUGCCUCUCAGGAUAGCCUGGGGUCUGGCCUGGCUGAUUUUACUAUCUGUCUGCCUCUCAGGAUAGCCUGGGGCCUGACCUGGCUGAUUUUACUAUCUGUCUGCCUCUCAGGAUAGCCUGGGGCCUGGCCUGGCUGAUCUGUCUGUCCACCAUGCAAGAGAACCACUACCAGGUAACAAUGGCUUGGUUUGAAACUGUACCCUAUUUGCUAUAUAGUGCCCAACCUUUUACCUGCUCCACUAUAUAGGGAAUAGAGUGCCAUUUCAGAUGCAUACAAUGUGUAACAAGAGGCCUUAUGUUUAAUUCAAAGAAUGUCACUGGAAGUAACCAGAUCUGAAAGAAAAAAAAGCAUUGUACUGUUAUUUCAUUUGCUAAAACAAAAUGGUGUCCAAUUAAUGUGAGAAGACACAAACAUUAAAAUCCAGCAGGAGGUCCUGAGCCAGUACAUGCUCUACUAACUACUUUGUCCCCGUGCUGGUGAGAACCUUCAACUACACCCGCCUGGCCUGCUUCCUCCACAAGAGCCCUGUCAUGUCUGUAGCUAGCGCCCGCAACACACGGCGAGUCUCCCUCAUGGUUCUUCCUGGCAGCCGGGACCUUCUCUGUCUGCUGGCUGCCCGGGUAUGACGAUGAUGACGAUGAUGACUUCAUUUUUCCAUUAGGAAAUUGUUUUAGCAUCCUUUUCUUAAAUGGCACCCUAUUCACUAUAUAGUGCACUACUUUUGACCAGGGUCCAUAGGCCCCUAAAUAGUGAAUACCUCUUCUGCUGACUCUUCUUCACUAGGUACAUUAUUGAGCUGUGCGUGUAUGUCUCUACCGCCACGGCCACUCCUGGGAGAUGUUCUACUUCAUCUGCACCGUGCCUCAGUCCCUCCACCCCCUGUGUUAACCCUGUGCUGCACGUGCUGCUGUCUACGAGGAACCGCCACCGCAGCGGUGCCUGGCUGUUUAACUGCAACAGGAACAGAGCGCAGCCGCAGGUCGUCUGCGUCUCCACAGAGACCAUGUAG